AUGUUAAAACCAACCGAACACUUACCGACGGAAAGCUCCAUGAGGCAAUCGUCGUUGUUACGAACUAUCGUGUAGAUUUUGGCAUCAUCCGCGUACAGUAAUCUCCAGCACCAGCGCUUCGCGAUGGAACCCCAGGACCAGACGGCGGUGGUGGGCUCCCGGGUGACGCUGCCCUGCCGCGUUGUGAACAAGUCCGGACAAUUGCAGUGGACGAAGGAUGACUUCGGGCUGGGAGCCAACAGGAAGCUGGCCGGUUUCGAGCGCUACUCGAUGGUGGGCAGCGACGAGGAAGGGGACUUCUCCCUGGACAUUUUCCCAGUGAUGCUGGACGACGAUGCCAAGUACCAGUGCCAGGUCGGACCGGGCAGGAAAGGGUCCCCACCGAUUCGGUCCCGUUUUGCCACCCUCACCGUCCUCGUGCCACCGGAGCCACCGAAAAUUGUGCAAGGGGAUUUUAUGGUUACGACCGAGGAUAGAGAAAUCGAACUGGAGUGCGUCUCCGUGGGAGGCCGGCCAGCUGCUGAGAUAACUUGGAUUGACGGUCUGGGCAAUGUCCUGAGCCAGGGAAUUGAGUAUAUGAAAGAACCACUCCCCGACGAGCGGCGUUUUACUGCCAAAUCGAUCCUAAAGCUUACACCGCAAAAGGAACACCACAAUACGUCCUUCACGUGCCAGGCACAGAACACCGCCGAUCGAACGUAUCGAUCGGUACGGCUGAUGAUGGAGGUCAAGUAUGCUCCGAAGGUGAGCAUCACCGUCAUUAGCGGCAACCAAUACAUCAGUAACAGUAAUAACAACAACAACCACAACAACAACGACGGUAGGAUACCAGAAGGCAGCGAUGUUCGGCUGCAUUGUCGUGCCGACGCAAAUCCUCCCGACGUGACAUACCGAUGGUACGUUGGAAGCGAUAUGCUAAUAGGAGACUACUCCACUGAGCUGGUAAUAUUGAAUAUUUCGAAAAAGUACCACAAAACUGUGGUGAAAUGCGAAGCCCACAACGUCGUGGGCCGAAGCGAGAGAAGCGAGAUAUUGGAUAUCAGUUACGGUCCGUCCUUUCGCAGCCUGCCGAAAUCGGUUGAGGCUGACCUGGAAACGGUGGUUUCCUUGUACUGCGAUGUGGACGCUAAUCCCUGGCCGGAUAUUGAGUGGUUGCACCGCGAGUCCGGACGGGUAGUGUCCACUUCAGCGAACCUGACACGCCGAGUUACUCACACGACGGCUGGCCGCUACAUCUGUCAGGCCACCGUCCUCGGCUUCCCGGCGGUAGAAGCGGAGGCCACCAUCUAUCUUCGCGGACCGCCAAUCGGCCGGCUCGAGUGCGAGGCGUUCUCCGUGCCGAAGGCAAAACAUAUCAUCUGGGCCCACAAUGGCCACGAAAUCAACACCAGCAGCGGGCAGGAGGAGUACACCGUCGUCGAGAGCCAUCAGCCGGAAGGUGUCAAGUCGACGCUUAUCAUCCACAACAGUCAGCGGCAGCACUUCGGCGGCUACAACUGUACCGUCAUCAACGAUUACGGACUCGAUUCGGUGGAAAUUGAUUUCAUCCCGAAAGAAAAUAUUUUAUUGCCGGUCAUCAUUUUCGGCUCCCUUGGCGGACUGACACUUUUAAUCAUCAUCCUCGUGGCGGCAAUGUGCCUCUGGACCAGAAGAAGCCGGAAGCAGCUCCCACCAGCGGAUGUAAUACCGAAGCACCACAUUUCUGACAAGGACUGCAAGGAACUGUACCGCCGAACAUCGAACGUUAGUGACCUGAAAAUAGAUCGUGAUAAUGAAUUUAUGGAAACCAGCCUUGGACCAGAUGGUAUGACCACUCAAGUGAAUGUGGUUCUCGGGUCGGGCACAACAAUUGCCAACACCAACAGCGCAGGUCCGGCGGACGAAACCGGCUCGAUUGGCUCCUCGAACAGGAAGUGUAAAGAUUUCCGCUUUUCCGGCGACUUUACCGACAGCCCCUCAGCACAGCCUUCCGGAACAGGUGCUGCGAACAACGGGAACAAUGGUAACAGCGGCAGCAGCGGAUACGCACCAUACGUGGAUUACUCGCGUGGCUACAGCCCACCGGCAACCCAUCUGAUGCAAUUCCGAUCGAGUUCCAGCAGCAGCAACAUCAAGAGCAGUCUGAACAACCCGAGCCACACCAGCAGCGGACCGAUGACUCUCGGUCGCCACAGAAUGUCCGAGUUGAGGCAGGAGAAUGGACUUCCCAGCAUCCAGGGCAGUUUGACUUCCCUACCGAAUGGGUUAAUCAAACAACCCCUGCUCCAGGGUCAUCUGACCAUCGAUAGCCGCUACGGUAGCACCUACGGGAACUCGUACCUUCGUGGGCAGUCCGGCAGCAGUAUCAGCAACACCGCCGUCACAAUCCCACCGGCGACGGCCAAUCCGGCGGCCACACCAGCUCCUCCGCCGUACAAUGUAGCAACACGGUCCGCACUGGGAUUGACAGCAGUCGGUGGUGGUGGUGGUGGUGUGACAACUACGAGCGCUAGCUGUUCCAGUCCGGCACCGACCGGACCCGGAUCAACUCCCAGCCCGAGUUCGAUACAAUCAGGUUCACUGUCCCAGAGCUCCCAACAGUCCCAACCGCAGCAACAGCAACAGCAACAGCAGCAGAUGUCAUCGGUCAGCGGAGGAGGAACUACCAACAGUAACAUUCUCCCGCAGCCGGGAAGUCCUUCCACCAGCAGCGGUCAGUUCAUUCUACCAACCAGCGGUACGAUCAAAGAGCAACGAGCACAAGCUACGCAUGUAUGA